AUGAUGAAUAUUAAUAUCUUUUUAUUAUUAAUUACAUUUGUUAAUAGUCAAACACAUGAUUUAUUUUCGAAUUUUGCUAUUGGUGGUUCAUCAAGUAGUAAUACACUUGAUCAAUGUGUUGAAAUAAAUAAUGCACGUCCAUGUGCAACAAUGCCAUGGAAUAUGACAAUUUUUCCUAAUCUUCUUGGACAUACUCGAGCAGAAGAAGCUGAUUAUGAAUUGGCAUUUUAUGUUCCAUUAUUUAAUAUAAAUUGUUCGAAAUCUUUAAAAUAUUUUCUAUGUAGUAUUUAUACACCAAUAUGUUCACCAUUACCAACAUUAAGUGCUGUUAAACCAUGUCGACAUUUAUGUGAAGAAGCUCGUCGUGGUUGUGAAUCUAUAAUGAAAAAAUUUGGUUAUUCAUGGUCAGUACAACUUCGUUGUUCACAAUAUCCUAUUGAUCAACCAUGUUUUGAAGCACCAAAAGAUCAUAAUCAACAAAUAAUAUCAUCAUCAAAAAAUGGUUAUGAAUUUGAUAAUUCGGAUUAUUCUGAUAAUACAUGUUCAUAUCGUUAUCGUACAAGUUAUCCUGAUUUAAAAUAUAAAUUAGAUCAUGAAUUAAAUUGUGCAAUGCCAUGUAAUCGUAGUUUAUUUACAACUGAACAAGUUUAUUUUGUUCGUCAUUAUGUUGGUAUAUUAUCAAUAUUAUGUUUAUUAUCAACAUUAUUUACAAUAAUGACAUAUUCAAUUGAUUUAACACGUUAUCGUUAUCCAGAACGACCAAUAUUAUAUUUAUCAAUAUGUUAUUUUAUUCUUGCAUGUGCAUAUGUUGGUGGUUUUGUUGAUUAUUUUUAUGGUUCAAAUAUUGUUUGUAAUACAGAAGAAUUUUCUUAUACAGGACAAACAAGAUUUCUUGUACAAGGUACACAUAAUAAAUUAUGUGUAUUAACAUUUAUACUUAUUUAUUAUUUUGGUAUGGCAUCAAUGAUAUGGUGGGUUAUAUUAACAUUAACAUGGUUUUUAGCAGCUGGUUUAAAAUGGGGACAUGAAGCAAUUGAAUCACAAUCAAUUUAUUUCCAUCUUGCAUCAUGGGGUAUACCAGCUUGUUUAAGUGUUGUUUUAUUAAGUAAACGUUCAAUUGAUGGUGAUUAUUUAACAGGUAUUUGUUAUACAGGUUUAACAGAAAUAAAUGUUCAACGUGGUUUUAUUCUUGUACCAAUAUGUAUAUUUUUAUUUGUUGGUUUAUGUUUUCUUUUAAGUGGUUUUAUAUCUGUAUUUAAAAUUCGUACAGUCAUGAAACAUGAAGGUACAAAAACUGAUAAACUUGAACGUUUUAUGGUACGUAUUGGAACAUUUAGUGUUGUUUAUAUAAUACCACAAUUAAUAUUAAUAAUAUGUUUAUGUUAUGAACAAAAUAAUUAUUUAAAUUGGUUACAAACAUGGAAAUAUGAAGAAAAUUUUUGUUUAAAUUCAAUUAAUUGUCAAUUAAAUGAUAAUAAAAAAAUUCGACCACGUUAUGAAUUAUUUAUGAUUAAAUAUACAUGUAUGUUAGCUAUUGGUAUAAUAUCAUCUGGUUGGGUUUUAAAUGGUAAAACAAUAAUGUCAUGGAGAAAUUUUUUUUCACGACAACGACGAAGUUCAGUAUCAGAACUUUUGUAA